AUGAGCCGCAAGAUGCGGACUGCUGAGGCACGGGACAGGACAUCGAAGGCAUUAAAGCUCAUUGGCCCCACGCGCAAUAGCAGCUCCGAUAUCAACUGCCGCGUGCCUGGCCCCAGCUUUCGGGAGCCCAUCUGGCCCUUUGUAGGGGUGUGGGUGCGGAUGCAGGAACUCGUCCAACAAGGCCCGGGGGGUGUGGAGGAAGACAACCCGGCCUCCGAGGCGUCAGAGAAGAAUCGUAAACGCGCGAGACUCCAGUCAACCCGAUACCUCAUGACUCAAGGGCGACGUCGGGCUAUUACCGCUUGCCAGAACUGCAGGGCACGGAAGUCGAAAUGCAGCAACGAGCGUCCCACCUGUUCAAAGUGUGCCACUUUGGGCACCCCGUGUGUUUACAAUGACCGGAUCGACCAUUCUUCAUUCGACCCAGCAAGUCUGCUGAUUUUGCAGAAGUUGAACGAGAUCAUCGACCGCCUUGACUCCAGUCUUACCGCCAACAUCCAGCUGGGAAGCCAUGAGCCUGACACAACCUGGAGCCCAUCCAUACAGGGGAACCUCGAGCGCACCUCUCCGUCACCAUCGCGCGAGACUGCCCCCAGGGCCCUGCAAUUAGAUCAGGAAGAGCAUGUGAGCAAUGAUGGUCUGGCAGAAUACGGUUACCGCAAAGUCCCACCAGCCUGUAUGGCGGUUGACACGGUGUUGACGUGGCCUAUCUUUGGAAACUUGUUCCAGGCCGACUUCCUGAUCUCUGCACUUUUCAUCCCUGACGAGGGUGUGUUUGAGAAUGCCACUGGACCCCAAGAACGGUCGCAGAACCGAGCAGUGAAUUUUGAGGAUGCCCCAGCUUUGGUGGAUCGAUUUUUGGCCUUUGUCCAUACGAAGAAUCCAAUUCUAGACGUCCCCGAAAUCCGAGCUUCCGCAAGGCGGAUAGCCGAGGAAGGGCCUGGAUGGGAUGCCUCCUCAUGUCUGGUCGUGCCCUCGGACAACCACUAUGAACAAGACGCUCGACAAAUAUCUUCAAGGUUCUACGAAUUAGCGCGCAGGCGUAUUGGGUGUCUGAAGCAGACAGUGAUUGCCUCUCAAUGCUACCUUCUGUCCGGCAUCUACCUUAUGUAUUCAUUGCAGCCACUGAGAGCUUGGAACGAGUUUCUUCAGGCCUCUGUGAAUUAUGACAUGUACCUGCGUCGCCAGAAAAACCUGCCUCUUGAUAUCAGCAGCCCGCAAAAUAGCGACACUCGACGAGUCGAACAGAGACUAUACUGGACGUGCUUCAAAUCUGAAUGCGAGAUUCGACAAGAGAUACAUAUCCCAGAAUCUGGGCUGUCAAACUUGCGGUAUCCUUACAUGUUUCCCUCACCACCGUCGGCAGGUAGCCCUGCAGCGCAGGAACCAGUUACCCAGGGUGCUUCGCCAACACAAGCCUCUCCGCCAUCCGCCAGAGCCUUCCCCUCGUCGUUCGAAUUCUCCGAACAACAGUCCUGGUUCUACUACUUGACGGAGAUCACUUUGACGCGAAUAGGAAACCGUAUUCUCACGGCAUUCUAUCAGCACGGUCACAGCGCGUGGGCGAAUAUGACGGUAUCGGAUGCUGUCCGAAUUGCCGAGCGGUUUGACCACCAGAUCACAGAAGUCGGGAAUUGGAUGCCAGGCCCCAUAUCUUUCCACGGAGACUAUGCCAAUCAGUCUCUUCAGGAGUUGAGAAACAUGGUCAGAGGACGAUUCACCGCCGUAUACUCACAGCUAUAUCAACCUUUUAUUUAUUUCAUGAUCCACCACGGCCCGGACACAAGUGCAGAAGACCUAAUACUCCUGCAACCUUGGCUCGACCGUGCCAUGCACCAUUUGAUUGACUCGAGUCUCCGCGAGGGCUAUAUGCACAGGCAUCAUGGCACUUGGUACGUGUGCAGACAUCGAGCCGCUAUGGCCUUAAUUCUGGUUGGAGCGAAGAAGAGCGGACGAAUCCAGAUGCCUGAUGCCUGGGAGGCAGCGAUAUCUCAUACUUUGCGGAUUCUCCGAUACUGGGAGAACGAAAGUCCCGAUAUUGCCAAAGCUAGGCUCGUCAUUCAAGACCUCUAUAACGCACUAUGA